CUGCCGGGUUGCUGCUGCUUUGCGCGCUGCGGGGCCACACUGCGACCGCACCGAGGAGGAAGAGGAGAAGGCGCGGAGCUAAAGGGGGGGCAGAGGUCCAGAUCUAGAGGAAGAAACAGCGAACCGAGGAGGAGGACCGAUUCCCGCACCGUCACGCACGGAUUUAAAGAAAAAAAAAAAAAAGAGGCAGAAGGCGGGACGCGUCACAGCGCUCUUCCUCCUUCCAUCUCUGCUCCGCGUCCAGGAGAAGAGGAAGAGGAGGACACCCGGAGGGAACCGCUGGGGAUCUCGGUGUCGGACAGCUCCCCCCCCCCUCCCCGGAAACGGAUCAGGGCCGAUUCUCCGCUCUCUAGCAGCCGGACACCAUGAAGGACCGCACGGCGGAACUGCGAAGCGCUAAGGACAGCGAUGAUGAUGAAGAGGUGGUGCAAGUGGACAGGGACCACUUCAUGGAUGAGUUCUUCGAACAGGUGGAGGAGAUCCGAGGCUGCAUAGAGAAGCUGUCAGAGGAUGUGGAGCAGGUGAAGAAGCAGCACAGCGCCAUCCUUGCCGCGCCGAACCCUGACGAAAAGACCAAGCAGGAGUUGGAGGACCUCACAGCUGACAUCAAGAAGACAGCCAAUAAAGUUCGCUCAAAAUUAAAAGCAAUCGAGCAGAGCAUCGAGCAGGAAGAGGGUCUCAACAGAUCAUCAGCAGACCUCCGGAUCCGUAAGACGCAGCACUCGACGCUGUCACGUAAAUUUGUGGAGGUGAUGACCGAGUACAACACCACGCAGUCCAAGUACCGCGACCGCUGCAAGGACCGCAUCCAGAGACAGCUGGAGAUCACUGGAAGAACCACCACUAACGAGGAGUUGGAGGACAUGUUGGAGAGCGGCAAACUGGCCAUCUUCACCGAUGAUAUCAAGAUGGACUCUCAGAUGACCAAACAGGCCCUGAACGAGAUCGAGACCCGACACACCGAGAUCAUCAAGCUGGAAAACAGCAUCCGGGAGCUGCAUGACAUGUUCGUGGACAUGGCCAUGCUGGUGGAGAGCCAGGGAGAAAUGAUUGACAGAAUUGAGUACAACGUAGAACACUCCGUGGACUACGUGGAGCGAGCCGUUUCCGACACCAAGAAGGCCGUAAAAUACCAGAGCCAGGCUCGCAAGAAGAAGAUUAUGAUCAUCAUCUGCUGCGUCAUCCUCGGCGUGGUCCUGGCGUCAACCAUCGGCGGCACGCUGGGCUUCUAGGACGUUCCUCCACCUGCUGCCAUGAUGACUGACGCCGACCGACUGACCGACAGCCAGCAGAGAAAAGAAACAGCAACGACAACACAAAAACUUGAAACACAAAUGCAAGACCGACUACCAAUCAGCUAGAAAGAGAUAAUCCAAUCACAGAUAAGAGGAAACACCAGGGGUUUGGGCGGGGUACAAAAAGCAAAGAAGAAAACACAGUAAGACCAGAUUAUAGGUGACUUAUCCACACAACGUAUAAAAAGAGAGGGGAAAACAAACCUAUCUAUGUAAAUGUAUUGAACAUAUGAAGCAACAUGUGGGUUAGCUACCUGUAAAAAAUGAUAACCUAUAAUAUGAAGUUUUCGUUGUUGUUUGUUUGGCUGUUUUGUUACGUUUUGAGGUUUUUUUGUUUGUUUUUCGGGAGUCUCCAAGGACAGUGACGGCUGCUGGGUGGGAGUUCUGUGGGGAAAAUCUGUGCUUAGGGUUCCUUCCGUCCAAUUCAGGACACAAACACCCAAUACGUCCAUGGAGAAAAACCGUUCCAGAUGUACUAGAAGGGAACGUUCUAGAGCUUGCCGUACAAUGCUCAUUUCUGAAGGGGCCAGGAAAGUUUUUGGCCCACCUCUCAUUGGCUGCUUUGUCCCAUCAAUCACUUUGGUCAGCGUGCUACUGUUAGACCGUGAUAGGCGCCCUGAGAUGCGUUCACAGCCAGCUGUCUGGUUGGGGAAACACCACAUCGAUAAGGGGGGAGGUCAGACUCCCCAUAUUGUUGCCUUGAUCCAACCAAAGAGCUGAGGAGGGAGGGCCUCUGAUCGUCCUGGUUGUGCCGAUCGGCCAGUUUAUGGUGUAAAGGGAGGGCUAGGUGAGCAGUGGUCGGAUGUCGGGAAGGAGGUUUUAAAAGGAGGUGGGGGGAGAUGGACAGUUAAUCUAUGCAGUCUAGAUAAGAGAAAGACCACUGGUCCCGCCUAACCAACACUGAGAAAGCAGAUGAGAACCUGGACUUCAUAAAAAAAAAAAAACAGCCUGAUCCCAGCAGGGGGCGUCAUCCUCAAGCUGUUCUUCUGGAAGACUUUGCAAAAAAAUAAAAAAAAUAAUAGAAAAAUAAAGGAAAAGCAUCAAAACCAACAAGCAAGCAAACUGAGGUUCCCUGAGUGUGGCGGCGGUUGUUUCGUGUUUUUCGAUGGCAAGCGUUUGUUGCUUUUGUCGUGCUGCUGUUGCGCUGCGUGUGACGUAUCCUGUGCUGUAUCUGCUUCACAUCGUGUUUCCGUUGAGUUGUAGGCAUCUGAUGUGUCUGGUGUGUUUGUGUUGGAGGGCUGUGAUGUUUCGGUUGCCACACCCGAAGGCCUUCCCGGGAAUAACGUGAUGCUGAGACAGGAAGCACCGUCCGACUCUUUACCUUUCCUUUCCUGGAAGUCCUGGAGUAUGGUAGCAUUUCACUAAAAACAUGCCUGACAACCACUUCCUGUUCUAUUGGUGCAUUUUGUUCUCUGGAAGGUGGACCAACGUGACACGCAUUCACUGACAUGAACACGUCAUACAUGUUUCAUUUCUGAGGUAGACUGGCCCCAUGAAUGUUGUGCUCCUGCCAGUGUUUGGAUUAGUCUCACCUGCUUUGCAUGAUGUAGGCUUAGCUUGUACUUGUGUAGGCUUAUUGAAGAUUAAUUGUCUGUUAUCUAGUUAAGUUUUCUCAAACUCUGAAUGGCAUUAUUGCUGUUCAGCCCAGUGUCAUGCAAGAAAAUUAUUUUCUUAAUUAUUCAAAGGUAUUUACAGCUAAUCACGGUUCGAUCCUUUAUAUUCUGGAAACUAUUUCCAAUUGCUUUUAAAUGAUCUCUGUCUAAUCCAGAAGUCUAUUCUAUCUAUUUCUACAGCUAUUCUAGUUGUACUGUGACUGUACUAGCGGCUAACUGGUUAAUCAUAGGCUAAUUCUAAAUUAACGGAAGGCUAACUCUAGAAAUAUUUGAUACUACAUCAUAAACAGUAUUUAUACAUUUUUCUAAUCAAAAUAGAUUAUACAAGUGUGUUGUUUUAAGCACCAAACUGUUAGCCUCCAAUCGUAAACCAAAUUAUGCUAGCUUGGAAGGUAUUCCUUGUUAAUCUGUAGCAUAGCUCUCACUGCUUAUGGAUUAACUGUAGCUAAUAAUUAAAUAAUUGUAACAUGAGAAAUAUUUUAUCUAUUUAAAUCACUUGAAUAAAAAGUUAGCGACUUUAACUGAGAUUUAAUCUUGGUCAGUAUUAGCAUUCUACGCGCUAUCUAUAAAUGGAAUCACAAGCUAAUGCUAGGUACCUCUCACAUAAUCUUUAACUCGAUGUGUGAAACAAUAAAAAGAAUAAAAAUGCUGUAGAGACAUUUUGUUUGGUUGUUUGUAAUCCAGGGUUUGUUAAAAAGGUUAAAAAGAAAGAUUUUUCCACACUGGAGAAGAAGCUGAAAAUGAACAAACGCGCGCUUGAUGUCACACAGCAACGUCGUCUCAUGGAUUAAAACUUUAACUUCACAUGUUUCUAAGUGACACAUUUUUACCACACUGGGCCAUUAAAAUAUAAGAGUUUAACAGCGUUUGGCUGCUAAAAUCUGGG